AUGAAGUCAUUGGAUUUGGCUGGGUUAUCAACUGAGGAUGAAGUCAUUGGAUUAUCUACAGAGAAAGUAUUGGCUGGGUUAUCAACUGAGGAUGAAGUCAUUGGAUUAUCUACAGAGAAAGUAUUGGCUGGGUUAUCAACUGAGGAUGAAGUCAUUGGAUUAUCUACAGAGAAAAGAAGUUAUCCGCUGAUCCUCCACACCAUUCCAUUCCCUCGCCUUGCUACUCCCCAUCCCAUUCCCUCCCCUCGCUACUCCUCAUUCCAUCCCCUCCCUUCGCUGCUCCCCAUUCCAUUCCCUCGCCUCGCUGCUCACUAUUCCAUUCCCUCCCCUCGCUACCUCCCAUUUCAUUCCCUCGCCUCGCUGCUCACCAUUCCAUUCCAUUCCCUCGCUGCUCCCCAUUCCAUUCCCUCCCCUCGCUACUCCCCAUUCCAUUCCCUCGCCUCGUUGCUCCCAAUUCCAUUCCCUCGCCUCGCUGCUCACCAUUCCAUUCCCUCACCUCGCCACCUCCCAUUCCAUUCCCUCGCCUCGCUACUCCUCAUUCCAUUCCCUCGCCUCGCUGCUCACUAUUCCAUUCCCUCACCUCGCCACCUCCCAUUCCAUUCCCUCGCCUCGCUACUCCUCAUUCCAUUCCCUCGCCUCGCUGCUCACUAUUCCAUUCCCUCGCCUCGCUACUCCUCAUUCCAUUCCCUCGCCUCGCUGCUCACUAUUCCAUUCCCUUCCCUCGCUACUCCCCAUUUCAUUCCCUUCUCUCGCUACCUCCCAUUUUAUUCCCUCCCCUCGCUACCUCCCAUUCCAUUCUCUCCCCUCGCUGCUCACCAUUCCAUUCCCUCGCCUCGCUACUCCCCAUUCCAUUCCCUCGCCUCGCUACUCGCCAUUCCAUUCCCUCGCCUCGCUACUCCCCAUUCCAUUCCCUCGCCUCGCUGCUCACCAUUCCAUUCCCUCCCCUCGGACGUGCUCCCCCAUUCCAUCCCUCCCCUCGCUACUCCCCAUUCCAUUCCCUCCCCUCGCUACUCCCCAUUCCAUUCCCUCCCCUCGCUACUCCCCAUUCCAUUCCCUCGCCUCGCUACUCCCCAUUCCAUUCCCUCCCCUCGCUACUCCCCAUUCCAUUCCCUCCCCUCGCUACCUCCCAUUCCAUCCCCUCCCCUCGCUACUCCCCAGUUCAUUCCCUCCCCUCACUACUCCCCAUUCCAUUCCCUUCCCUCGCUACUCCCCAUUCCCUUCCCUUCCCUCGCUACUCACCAUUCCAUUCCCUCCCCUUCCAUUCCCUCGCCUCGCUACUCCCCAUUCCAUUCCCUCCCCUCGUUGCUCCCAUUCCAUUCCCUCCCCUCGCUACUCCCAUUCCAUUCCUCCCCUCGCUACCUCCCAUUCCAUCCCCUCCCCUCGCUACUCCCCAUUUCAUUCCCUCCCCUCGCUACUCCCCAUUCCAUUCCCUCCCCUCGCUACUCCCAUUCCAUUCCCUCGCUGCUCACCAUUCCAUUCCCUCCCCUCGCUACUCCCCAUUCCAUUCCCUCCCCUCGCUACUCCCCAUUCCAUUCCCUCGUUGCUCCCAUUCCAUUCCCUCCCCUCGCUACUCCCCAUUCCAUUCCCUCCCCUCGCUACUCCCCAUUCCAUUCCCUCCCUCGCUACUCCCCAUUCCAUUCCCUUCCCUCGCUACUCCCCAUUCCAUUCCCUCCCUCGCUACUCCCCAUUCCAUUCCCUUCCCUCGCUGCUCACCAUUCCAUUCCCUCCCCUCGCUACUCCCCAUUCCAUUCCCUCCCCUCGCUACUCCCCAUUCCAUUCCCUCCCCUCGCUACUCACCAUUCCAUUCCCUCCCCUCGCUACUCCCCAUUCCAUUCCCUUCCCUCGCUACUCCCCAUUCCAUUCCCUUCCCUCGCUACUCACCAUUCCAUUCCCUCCCCUCGCUACUCACCAUUCCAUUCCCUCCCCUCGCUACUCCCCAUUCCCUUCCCUUCCCUCGCUACUCCCCAUUCCAUUCCCUUCCCUCGCUACUCACCAUUCCAUUCCCUUCCCUCGCUACUCACCAUUCCAUUCCCUCCCCUCGCUACUCACCAUUCCAUUCCCUCCCCUCGCUACUCCCCAUUCCAUUCCCUCCCUUACAACACGUUUUAG